AAACGAGAAAAAUGUAAGUUCAUAGCAAAACAAAAUCUAAACAAAGUUCUUCGAAGGACACACGAUUUGUACUGCUGGAGUGUGCCUUGCUGAAAUAUAAGGCUGACUAUUGUCUAGCGCAUACCUCCCACCUAUCUGAUUUACGACUCUUUGUCGUUGCUAUUAGAUGUCCACUUCUAAUACUACCCAGCAAGUGUGUGACGUUGGUGACAGUAGUUACAGUGCGUGUGUUUGUACUGAUCUUACAGGCAACUACGGCAUUUUGCACGGACCUGAAUGCCACAAAUAGAUGUUCAACAACUCACAAGUGCCAAGUGAGAUGGAGGCCCUGUACGAUCCCCCGGCGCGGCCGGUGGGCCUGGAGCGGAUGGAGACGGCAGUGGCCAUCGCCAUCGGCGCCCUCGCCGCCGUCUUCCUGGGCGCACUCGUCGUGCUGGUCGUCGUCUGGCGCCGCCACCACACGCGCUACCUCGACAAGCUCAGUGCCGGGAAAGGAGAGAAGCUGCGAGACGUGGACCUGCUCAUCACGGACGGCGGGGGCAGCGGCGGCAUCGGGGAAGUGGAACUGGGCGAGGUGGUGCUGAGCCCCGACGCGGAGCGCAUCUUGGGGGAGGCGGCGGCAGGUGUGGGUGCGGGGGCGGGUGAACUGGCGGCCCACGGGUUGGCCGUGCUCAAGGCCUGCCACGCCCUCACCGAGCGGCUCACACGCCUCGCCGCCGAGCAGGGCCGUGUCGGCACGAGCGCCUCCAAGAAGGGGGCCGGCAGUGUCGUGGCCGCCCACGACAUCGUGGAGGUGGCACGUCGUAUCUCUCCUCGGGUGGACGACGUGGUGCGUGCCGUUUACCCGCCGAUCGACGCACGCCUGCUGGAGGCGCGCGCGGCUGCACUCGCCCUCGUGGUGACGCACUUGGCGCUGCUGGUGACGGCGGGUGGCGGUGCGGGGGUGCCGGGACGGCGCAAGAGGAAGGCGGCGGCCGGGGGCGGAGUAGCUACGGGCGGGACGGCGACGCCCGGCUGGCUGGCGCAGGCAUUGGCCGACAUCGACCUGCAUCUCCUGGUACUGCGCGAGGCGGCGCUGUCCCAGGAGGCCGCAGUUCGCAUACAGAGUGUGAUGGGCACGGGCCCGCCGGCACCACCGUCCACCACCCCUCUGUAGGGCUGCUUCACCACCUCUACAGCAUUCUCUCUUUUCCCCAUAAUAUCCUUUUUCUGUGCGCACUCCACGUAAGGUAGGGGCUGUUUUAUCCAGACACUUGCCCAAAAACAGAAUCUCAGUGCAGUCUCUCACUGCUGCACAAAAUUGAAUAGGUCUACAACUUUAGUGCCUAAUGAAGAGCUCUGACUGUGUUUUGCAGGUUCUACAGUUUUAUUGAGACAGAAUUUAUUUAGAGCUCCUUUUGAGUGAAGAAUCUCCGAGACCGUCUGUAGCAGAAAAUGAAAAUGAGGCAUAGAUACUUAACCUGCCCAUAUUUGAUAUAUAAACUAUAUAUUUGUAUGACUAUAUAUUUUGUACACUCUGUUUAAUCUGUAUCCUGACUACAGUGGCUUCCUGAAAUGAAAUGUGCUUUAAAAGUUUUCAUUUCCUAUUUUCACUUCCACAAAACUCUUAUAUGGAAUCAUGUUUAGACUCCAAGACUUUUUUUUCUCUCUACAGUACUUCUAAACACCCAGAAUCACAGUAAUUAAUUACUUUUUAAUCUGAUGUUGAUUGUACAUUUACAUGUUAAAUUUUGUUAUAUACAAAAACAAAAUUUAAAUAUAUUACUUACACCAUGACUGUUUCAAUGUAACAGUCGUAUUUUUGCUAUAUGUAUACUGUUUUGUAUAUAUAUCAACUCUUUUGGUAAUAUAUCUAAGCAUAAACUUAUUUUCAGAAUCUGUUUCUUAGAUUUUAGCAUUUCAUAUGUAUUUCUGGGAAGAUAGGGGGGAGGGGGGUGAUCCUACAUACAUAUUGCUUGUACUAAUUUAAUGUUGUUGUUGGAGAUGUUGAUAUAAAACAUCAUAGAUGAUAUAAUUAUUUCUGCAUAUGGGAGAUAAAAGUGAGAAACUGAUGUAGUUAGUAGGUAUAACCUUUUUACAUUUUGUACAUCAGUGCCUGGUGAUGAGAGUGGGAUGGAGGUUUUUUGCACAGUUCUGCCAUCAGGUGGCGCAGGCAUACUCUUCUGUCGGCAGGCAGUGUUCGGGUUGGUGAAGGUGUGGUGUAGUGUCAUCUACUUAUGUAACUAAUUGAUCCACCGUCUUCCAUUAGCAUAGUUAUUUAGAUUUAAAAGAUUGCUCAUGCAGUAUACUGGUUCAGAAGACCACAGACAUAGUGAAUGAUGUUGAUAUAUAUGCACAACAUUCAGUGGAAAGCGUACAUUUGAAACAUUUACUGUCAGGGAGUCAACUUUGUUAUUUUUUCGUGUGCAAAUGGUGAAUAAGGAAGAAAAUGUGUGGCAGUCUGUGUGAUGUCAAAAAUGAAUUUUCUGCUAUUGUUUAUCCAUUUGGAGGAUGAUUGAAAUGUGAACUACAUUUUCUCGCUGUCACACAUGUGUAAUUGAUACAAUUGCUGCAUAUUUAAUUCUUUAAUAAAUGUAUGAUAUGCAAAUGUUGGAUAUCUGUUUACGAUUAACUGUCUUCAUUUUUCUUUGAUGAAAAUUAAUUGAUUGGUUUACAUUUUUUGGCAGAUUUUAUUUUUAUAGACACUUUGCUGUAAGCUGUGUACUGUUGUUCACAAUCAGUUUACCUUUGGAAUGUUCUUUGACUUUGCCGUGGAGAGGACUGGAUGAAGACUAACGAGCAGUGAUUAUAUUUUUACUGCCUGCAGAAUGUGUAUUUUAUUCAUAUUAGAAUUAGUUCUGAAGGCAGUGGACGCUGUUUACUAUUCACAGGCUAUUAUAGAACUCAGAUCUCUCUUUUGCAAUACAUAUUUUUUUUUUUAUAGAAAUUGGUUGUUGAUGACAUAAAUUGCUCCAUAUGUAAGUAAAUGUAUUAAAUCACCUCUGUUUCAGACCUUUGGCACUAGUGUCCAUAUAUUAUUAUUAAUAAUAAUGAUGAAUGAAGGGGUAGCGAAUGAAAUGGCAUAUAUUGUAAGAGCAAACUGAAAGAGUUUGUAACACGGAAAGACAGAUUAGUAAGAGUUUAUGGAGGCCCCUACGUGAUACCCUGGCCUUCUGUUGCCAGUUGGACCACUAUCCAAAAAUUCUAGACUGUUCGUGUGAUUUUUUUAGAGAGAGACAAAAUUUAGUGCUUCCUUCAGAGACAGAAGACCUCAUCUAUGUAACUAAUAUUUAUGGCCAGUGCCUGGUUACUUGCGCACAAACUGUUCACUGUUUGAGUGUGUUGCAAAAGUUGGUAUUAAAAAAGUACCUCGAUUAACAAGAGAUAAUGUGCGCAACAGUCUGCAUUGUUGAGAGAGGAAAAUGCACAUUCUGCCCAUUUUCUGUCCAUCUCUCUGCUAGUAAUUUGAAAAUUAAUUAAUGUAAACAGCAGAUGUAUAUUUAGGAUGAAGGGAAUUAUAUGUGGUUUCCUAUAUGUGCAGUGGUUUAUAAUAAAAUGGUCUUGUCAGUUUCCUAAUCUCUCCAAAAAGACUGCAGGAGGCAUUCCUUUGUUUUGUAAAUGAUGUAAUUAAAUAUUUGUAAAAAUAUAUGUAUAUUUUUAGAGUAUUUUUCACAUACUUUACAUACUCUAAUAAUAAUGAAUUGUGUAUCAUGCUGUUUGAGAACUGUGUAUUUUUGUGGAGUACAUUAGUCCGUGGUAUAAAUUUGUAAUAUUCUUCUGUUGCUAGGAAGCUGCCAAUCCCCAUACAGUUUUUCAAUUCUGUGUCUGAAGCAAUAUAGCAGUUUGAAGUUUUGAGCAUAGAUUCAAAAUUAUUUUUGUUACAAAAAGAAUGCGUUGCCUGUUGCCAGGUGGGAAACAUACAGUAAUUCGAGAGCAGGUUAGCCGGUGGCACACGGGCAACUCGUCGGCGGGCGGGCGACGCCUCCACAUUGCAGCACUCGUGCUGGCUUCACAGAAAGCAUGGCAGUCCUUAAUACAAUGUUAUUGUUCUUCACAUAUACAAAAAUCUCCUUAGCAAAAUGGGCAGAAAUGAUAAAUAGCUUCAAAGAUUAAUCGGUAGUUCACAGCAGAGUUGUGCAAGUAGCAAGUAGCUCCUCUCCAAUUUUUCUGUGAAGCCUAGAGGCAUUGCCAGCACAGAGGCCUGAGAGGUGUCAUUCAGCCAUCCAGUUGGGAAGCGUUUCCUUUUUUGUGGACAGUGAAAUGUUUUCUUGCAGAAUGUGAAUCUCUUGUAUUGUUUCAAAUUUAUCCUGUGGUGUAGGCGAGUGUAACGAAUGCAUGUGUAGUUCAGCGUUACACGGUGUUGCUCUUCGGGCAGUGCGGCAUGUGAUGUGGUGGUCAGGAACUGAAUGUGACUGCCUUUUUCCUCCUUUCUGUUCAAAUACUGAUGAUGAAAAUGUUUCAUCACCCGUAUUUGAACAGAGUACGUCAGAGUCGGCUGCCAGCAACUUUGCUGCGCUUGAGGGGUACCCCCCCCCCCCUCCCCCCGCUUAAAGUGUACAGUGAGAUAACACGGUGUUCUCAGAUCAUUACUACAGAAGGCAAACGUCACUAUGAGACUUACUGUCAAUAGCUCUUUUAUGAAACUGUCAGAUUUAAACCAUCUUUACCUCAGUAUGUCCUGCAAUGUCUCACAAAUGAGAAUUAGUUGCUUCCUCAGUGUACUUCCCUGAAGGAUUCUCCCUCUGCAUAGGGCACAUGUUUCAGUGUUUCGUGUCUGCUUGCCUCACAGACAGAGGAAUACUAAGUUUCUUGUAACUUAUAAUAUUUCAGGUUGAGAAAAAGUCUCAGGUUUCCACCCAGGAUUUUGUGCCAAACUAAGUUGGUAUCAUUCGGCGCUAUUUCUUGUGAAUCCUUAUUUCCACGGAUUCCCUUAUAAUGCUAAGUCAAAAGUGUGGCCUUCCUGUGUGGUGUACUUUGCUGUCACUGAAUUUUCUUUGUGAACUAGUAAUACAGGCCUUGUAGUGUUGCCACUAAAUUGGGUAGUGAAUUUUCGUUAUCUUGCAAUUGAUGAGGCUCUAUAUAUAGCUUUCUUUUAAGCUGAUGACCAUUUCGCCAAUAACAAUACCACAAUUCACCGAAAAGUCUUUUGCCUUUCUCUUGAUACAUAAUAAAAUUUGAAUGUGUAUAUUCCUCUUAACAUUUAUUCUGAUGCAGCUUGUUUAUACCAGUAGGAAGAGAAUAUCAAGAUCUUUUGUAACUUGAGAAACUGGUAACAUCAAAAUCACAGAGGAAAUCACUCCAGUCAGAAUUUACCUUUGCCAAAGAUGCUAUUGCACUGACUGUUGUCAUUACAUUACGAAAAUUCCACAUACUGUAAAUCUCGAAUAUCUUAAUGUCCGUACAGGAAAUUAAGAGAUUAAAUGAGUAUUCCAAUUCAGAUGUUUCCAGUAAGGUUAAAUAACUAUUCCAAUUCAAAUGUUUCCAAUAACUUUUUCUCUCCAGCAGAUUUAUUUGAGUCAAUCAAAUCAUGUUAGCAUACAAUUGCAGACCACGUCCAAAAUCAAACUUCAUGUACAGAUAAUACUUCAUCCUAAUCUCAAUACAGACUCUACAUAUUUAAUUACAAAAUUAAUAAUAUUUCAAUAGAAUAACAUGCAGGGAUGUUCUUGACAGUACUAUCGUGGACUUCUCCUGGCAACUGUUUCCUGCCACAUACUACAUCCAUAGAUAAUCACUGGACCACAUCAUGACAAACCUGUGCACUCAACAUUAAACAAACAGUAAACAAACCAUUCUUUAAAACACCCCAGAAUAAAUAUUCAGAUAACUAAUUGCUAUUUACAUGAUGUUGGUGUUCCAGUUAAAAUUUUUGAAACGAGAUACAGACCAUUUGUCCAAUAUAUUGGUGGACACAUUCACAAGAGAUGUUGUAUAUUCCAGGCGCUUUCAGCUAUAGUGGGUCUUUCACAGAGCCAAAGCACUCUUUCAUCUUAUGCUGUGGCCAUAAGACAGUUUUUAGGUUGCACCGAGAGAGGCCCCCAAGCAAUGAAGUAAAGUGAGUAUCUUGUCUUCUUUCUCCUCUUCCCAUUUUGCUGUAUCUUUUAUCAAAUGCCCUACUGAUCUGUGCUUCUCUGUACCCGUAUUUGUGAAAUACUGCCUUUGGCUGGGAAGCUUCGUUUAUCACACAUGACCUGCAUCCUAUGUACCACUGUGGCCAGUACAGUCUGCCAUUAUGCUGGAUGGUAGCACCUUGUUGUGUAUGGGUAAAGGUCUGCAUGGGUCAUCUUCUUAUAUGCUCCAUGACCUAAUGUACCAUCUGCCUUCCUGUUGGUUAGCAUGUCAAGAAAUGGAGACAACCGUUCUCCUCUUUUUCCAUAGAGAAUGCAACUUGCCGUGCUCCCACACCACAAAAACAUUGUCAACGUAUCAGAAGUAGUGCUCGGGUUUUUGGUAGGUACUUUGAAGGGCCACCUCCUCAAAAUGUUCCGUGUAGAGAUUUGUAACCCCAGGAGCCAGUAGAUGACAAGUAUGACAUUCUUCGAAAUGUCACGAUAAUUUAACACUGCCACUUGCUGGAAACCUGAGAACUUUUCAACGGUAGUAUAUGCUGGAUGAGUCUACGGUCACGAAUAUUUCAGGUGUUUCCACAAUAUUAACUAUAUCGUUUCAUAAUCAGUCUGUAAAAAAAUUCGUAUCCACAUCAUAGCUACAAGACCACCAAAAGCAAAGAAGGAUUUUGCAUUAACUCAGUUACAAGGAUAUUAAAUAAUUAAAGAGCCAAGUUGGUAUAAAAAGAAGAAGCUGUAUGUUUUUACAAAAUAAGACUUUUAGUACUUCUCAACAUAAUCCCCACCAAUAUUAAUACACUAGUCCUGCCAAUGAACUAGUUUUUUGUAAAGAAGUAUUUGUCUUGUUUGAGCCACAUUCCACAAAUGUUGUGACCACAUCGUUGUUGCUGAACUUUUUUCCACAUAAUGCCUCCUCGAGUGAACCCAAGUUUCAUCACACAUUAAAAAUCUUGUUUAGAAAAGGGUUGGUCACCUUCCCUUCCAUAGCAUUCUAUCGAGUCUGUACACACUUCGAGUCUUGUUUCCUUGUGUUGUGGCGUUAACUCUUUUGGGACACACCUUGUACUUGUUUUGCUGUAGUUGAGCUCGUUUCUGACAAAGUUAUGAACCGUGCCAACACUUACUGCAACUGCCUUUGCUAUAUGUUCAACUCUAAUACUUUGGUAUUCAAGAAUAAUGUCAUCAGUGCAACUUUCAAGUGAAAUAGUUGAUACGUCAACUGGCUGGUCAGGACGUUGCUCAUCAGUCACUGAGGUUCGACCAUUUCUUUAACUGUUCCACACACUUAUAAAUAUAUCCAUGGUUCAUACAACAUUCAUUGUACUGUAAGAUCAUCGGAGAAAAGAUUUUAGCCAGAUUUUCACCUU